GAAAAUUGCCAUGAAACUACAUUACCCAAAGGUCUGUCUGGUGAUCAGUGUGUUUCCAUAUGGCGACCUCCGGUCACAAUGUGGAUAAUGUUGUUCGCACUCUGAGGGAGUCUUUAAAGACGUUAGGUUUUGAAGUAUAUCCUUUUAAGAUUGGAUGGUACAAUGCAGUUGUUUCUCAGGCCCAUCAACUCAAGUAUUCAGCGGACACUCUAGCAGUGGUGGUGCUCAGUACUCCAUCCAUGUUUGAAAAUUCAUUCCUGCCAUUCCUUCAGAGAUGUUCCUGGAAAGACAUUAGAGAUCCUGUAGACCAGUGUGUAGCUCAUGCCAUCUCCACCUGUGUUUCUGAGCAUUUCUCUGACCAGUCUGUGGACAUCAGUUAUGACUAUGAGAUGCAGUCGAACAGAAAACCAAAAUUUCUGGCUCAGACUGCAGCUCAUGUAGCAGGAGCAGCUCGCUAUUACCAGCACACAGAUAUCGAAGAUCCGCCAUGGGGAAACAAGAAGAUGUUUGGAGUCUGUAUACACCCUCGGCUGGGGGGCUGGUUUGCUAUCCGUGCUGUGCUGGUGUGGAAGGAUGUUGAAGUGGGCAAAGAACUGCAGCAGGUACCCCCUCCUGACUGUGUUAGCUCACAGGAGGCCAGGAUAAAGCUGCUGGAGAAAUUUAACUACAACUGGCAGGACUGGACCUACAGAGACAUUGUACCCACAGAGGAGAGCUAUUCUACCCGACAGAGGGAGUAUUUCAUUACUCCUCCAGCUCAGCGAGGGGCACUGCUCAGACAGUGGGGGUUUAUACCAGAGACAGAGACUAAAACAGUGAACAAUAUCUGACAGAAGAUGUUUUUCAGCAACUUCUAUUGCUGUGUAUAUAAAUCCAGACAUUUUCGUUUUCAGUUUGAGAAGCAUCUGCACACAUAAUUUAAUAAUGAUUUACUUGAUUACUUAUGUUUCCAGGAAUUGUUCACAAUAAAUAAAUAAAUAUACAAUAGGAUCUGCUUUUGUUUAUUUAGAGCAGGGGUUCCCAACCUUUUGCUACUCAUACAGUGAUAAAUAGCAAUAAAAAACAUAGGCCUACCUUAUUGACCAUUUUCUUAAA